ACCCACCCAGAUUCCUGGUCGUCCAGGGCAGACAGACUCGCCCUGUGCUGAGCAGAGCAUAGCCAGUGUCUCUUCAUCUCCCUGGGAAAAGCAGCCACAAAGCAAGCAAGAUGGCCUGGUGGAAAUCUUGGGUUGAACAGGAAGGCGUCACAGUGAAGGGCAGCUCCCACUUCAACCCGGAUCCAGAUGCAGAGACCCUCUACAAAUCCAUGAAGGGGAUCGGGACCAACGAGCAGGCCAUCAUAGACGUGCUCACUCGGAGAAGCAAUUCCCAGAGGCAGCAGAUUGCCAAGUCCUUCAAGGCUCAGUUUGGCAAGGACCUCACUGAGACCUUAAAGUCGGAGCUGAGUGGCAAGCUUGAGAGACUCAUCGUGGCCCUCAUGUACCCACCAUACAGAUAUGAGGCCAAGGAGCUACAUGAUGCCAUGAAGGGCCUGGGAACCAAAGAGGGGGUCAUCAUUGAGAUCCUGGCUUCUCGGACCAAACACCAACUACGGGAGAUCCUGAAGGCCUAUGAGGAAGACUACGGGUCCAGUCUGGAGGAAGACAUCCAAGCGGACACAAGUGGCUACCUAGAGCGCAUCCUGGUGUGCCUCUUACAGGGCAGCAGGGAUGACAUAAGUGGCUUUGUAGAUCCAGGACGGGCCCUACAAGAUGCACAGGAUCUGUAUGCAGCGGGUGAGAAAAUCCGAGGAACCGAUGAGAUGAAAUUCAUCACCAUCCUGUGCACCCGCAGUGCCACCCAUCUGAUGAGAGUGUUUGAGGAAUAUGAAAAAAUUGCCAACAAGAGCAUUGAGGACAGUAUCAAGAGCGAGACCCAUGGCUCACUGGAGGAGGCUAUGCUCACUGUGGUGAAAUGUACACGAAACCUCCACAGUUACUUUGCUGAGAGACUCUACUACGCCAUGAAGGGAGCAGGAACGCGAGAUGGGACUCUGAUAAGGAACAUCGUUUCCAGGAGUGAGAUUGACUUAAAUCUCAUCAAACAACAAUUUCAGAAGAUGUAUGGCAAGACUCUAAGCAGUAUGAUUGAGGGUGACACCAGUGGUGACUACAAGAACGCCCUCCUGAGCCUGGUGGGCAGUGACCCAUGAGGCACCGAAUGUGGCCAAGAAACCAUAGUCUCCAGGGCCCUGCUUGCGUGAUCUUGGCUGUAGAUGGGGUGGGUGGGAAAUUCCAUAGUCUUUUAGUCUUCUAGCUCCCAGUUCCCAGGGCUCUCUAGAAAAUGCUUUUGACCCAGAGGUGAGACCAACCUGGGCUCCUCUUCUCUGCCUUUGCCCAGGUCAUUUCAAGGUGUGUAUGCAAUGCCAACCUGAGCAUACCUCUAGGACGAAUCCACCCGAAGUAACCUGCAAGAGGUCAGAGGUCAUUUCUUCCUCUCCACAUAGGAACUUCCCAUGCUUCAUUGGCACAGAAUCACCUGAGCAUAGGCUAUACUGAUAUGCCUUAGCCCUGCCCCAUUUAUGAAUCAGGGUCUCCCAUUGGGGAACCGUGGAGUGUGGCAUGUCUAACCCAUGCCUCAGACAAUAGGCUUCCUUGCUGGGCAGCCAAAGAGAAACUUGGGAGAGAACUUUGGCUUGAGGAACAAGUCUGUGAGCAACUAAAAAAUGGACCCAGGGGUGUCAAUUGGCAAGUCUAUAACCUUCAAUCAGCCUCUCUGGAAACCAGUAACAGAGUAAUUACAUUAGACCCAAGGGCACCGGGCCUUAAAGACUCAGGCCCAGUCCUUGAUCCAGUGUUCUUUCCUUCCAUUAUGAAGCUGCAGCACAGGGCUGUGCCCAGCCCCAAGCAUAACUCUUAUCCUAACUUUAUGACUUACACCCUGACCUCAUGCCCUUGAGCCUGGAUAAUGGAGAAGCUGAUGGAAGUCUUCUUAUAUAUGGCUUUUCAGAAUUAAUAAACAUUUGUACUUA